CGGUAUCAGUAUGAACCUCUUGGUCUAAAGAGAUUAAGCUAAUGAAUUGUCGCUCAAUUUAAAAUUAAAGACUAUGAUUAAGUAGUAAAUGAUUAAGCCCUUUUAUCUUCAUUGUUUGGAACAGAGGCUAAAUUCUCUCACAGAUAGAUUAUGUUUUUGGGACUGAAUCACUUCUCAUCCUCCCACUGGAUUGAUUGCUCACUCUUCGUAUCCUAGUGACUUGCAAAAUUUGUUUGCAGGCCAGGUUACAGAGACAAGAAGAUGGCAGGUGCAGAUCCGGUGCUUUCUGUUGUGGCUGAGCAACUGCUUACUGCACUCGUGAAGGAAGCGAAGCAUGCACAUGACUUCAAAAACGAGUUCGACUUCAUGAAGCAGAGAGUAGAUGGUAUAAAGAAAUUACUUGACAAUGAAGAUAACUGCAAUCAGCACAUAAUCCAGCGUUUCCCUACAUUCAGAGAAUUUGAGGAUCAAGUACAUGAUAUAUUAACAGACUGUUCACUCAGAGAAGAAUAUCAGAAACACGGACCCUUGUCAAAGUUGUUUCCUACGAAUUUCUUCUUCAAACGUGGAACAUGCAAGAAAAUAAAGGAUAUUAAUCUGAGGAUGAAGAUGACAUUAGAAAUUUUGGGGAAUUCUUUGCAAGUGCAACAGUUUGCUAGCAGCCUCCAAAAGAAUGUUACAUGUAAAUUUAGAUGGGAGCAUGAACGACCAGAGCAAAUAAUAAUUGGACUUGAUAGGGAUGCGGAAAAGAUAAAGAAGUGGAUUCUUUGCAAGUACGAACUUCAAAAGAUUGGCAUUGUGGGCAUGGGAGGCUUGGGGAAAACCACCAUUGCCAAGCUAAUUUUUGAAGAAGAUGAGGUAAAAAGUCAGUUCCACUACAGGAUUUGGGUGUCAGUUUCUCAAACUUUUAAAGAGAAGGAAAUCCUAACGAGCUUGUUAGAUCAAUUUAGAAAGCAAUCAGGUGAACAACCAGGACAGAGUGGAUCUAUAGAUUGUAAAGAGAUGUUAGAUCAUAUUAUUUCACGGUUGAAAGAAAAAUCCUGUCUCAUUGUUUUUGAUGACAUCUGGGGCGACAAGCAUUUCACUUGGUGGGAGGGCUUUUUCUCUUAUGUAUCAACUAUAGCUCAUAAACAAACUUGCUUUAUUAUCACGACCAGGGAUAAAGAAGUUGCUUAUGCUAUCCAAGUUGACGAAUUGCGAGUUCAUGAGCCCAAAUUCUUGAAUGAGAAAGACAGCUGGUCAUUGUUCUGCAGCCAUGCAUCUCUGGAAGACGCAAAUUUAGAAAAGCUGGGGAAAAUCGUAGCCGAGUGUGGGGGACUUCCAUUGGCGAUCAAGACGAUAGGAGGCUUACUGGGAUCAUCAUUUCAUAUUGAUAAUUGGAAUGCAAUCUGGAUAAACUUGUGUAAACCCAACAUCACAGAAGAAAAUAAAGUAACGACUUCUCUGCAUCUAAGCUACAAGGCACUCCCGCCCUAUCUGAGGCAAUGCCUUUUAUGUUUCUGUAUUUACCCUGAAGAAAUACAAGCUGAAAAGUUAAUCCAUUGGUGGGUCGGAGAAGAAUUCAUCCAGGGCAAAGACUCGAAAACUGCAAUAGAAAUGGGCUUUGAAAGCCUGUCUAAGCUGGUGAGCACAUGCCUUGUUGAGGUUGUGCACAGGCAAGACUCUGAUGAAAGAGUCUAUAAAUACAAAUUGCAUGAUCUGGUGCGGGGUUUGAUCAUUCAGAUAGCGAAAGUUAAGGAACUUUGCAGCUUUGACGAGGAAGGCAACCAAAAUUUUCAUAAAGAUUCUCGAGCUCGGUGGUUGGGUUUCAGAAGUGGAAUGGAUGCAAAAUUAUUGAAAGGAAGUCCAAAGCUGAGAGCACUGCUGAUGACUAGCAAUCGCGCUCCAUUCCACAGGAAUUUGGGUUCACUUCGUUCACUCAGGGCGUUGGACUUGUCUAACAAUACGCUUGACAAUAAUCAAUUGAUGAAUCUUUUCAGUUGGAUUAGCUCCAUCAAACGCCUAGCAUAUCUAAAUCUAAGUGGAGCCAAGCAACUCCAAGAAGUUCCACAUUCGAUUUGCAAACUCAGAAACCUCCAGCUCUUAAUUUUAAGGGGAUGCAGUAUGCUAUCCAAACUAAGUCCUUCAAUCACUUGUCUGAAAAAGUUGACAGUAAUGGACCUAUACUCUUGUAACAAGCUUCCAUACCUACCUCGUGGACUAGGGAGGCUCUCCCAGCUCCAAGAAUUGUCUGGAUUCAGAGUGGUGGCUCAGGAUAACAGAAGAAGCUUCUGCUUAUCAAAAAUAAAAACCAGAAGCAGCUGUUCAGUUCAUGAACUUGGAGAACUAGGCGAGUUAAGAGUAUUGCGAAUGCUUUGGAGUAAAGAAAGCGAAAUAACAGAAGAAGAGCAGAAUGUCUUUUUAAAGCUUCAGAAACUCAAGGUUCUAGCCAUUGAUUUUGACACAGAAAAGCUAUCAGAAGGAGAUAGUAUGCUAAGGAUGCUAGAUCGGCUUUCUCCUCCCCCAAGAAUUGAGCAGCUGUAUCUCAGGCAUUACCAUCACAAAAGGCUGCCGGCAUGGGUUAAUCGCCAGAGACUGCCUGAAUUGAAAUAUUAUUGUAUCAAUUAUCAUGUAGAAGCCCUGCCUGAUAGCUGCACGAGUGAUGGCAUCCCACAAUUGACUAGGACAAGUUGAUGCAAAAGGAGAUGAUUGUAAUUUUGUUACGCUGAGCAGAGGUUAGCGGCAGCUCCUAGUUGGUAUCAAUUGAUGAAUCAUUCAAGGCAGUAGGGAAUCAAAACCGUUGCUGUAUAUUCACUAGUGUUGCAUAAACUUUUAUUGCAUGUGAUUGUAUUUUUUUUUUUCAAGUGGAUUGUAUUGCAUUAAGUUAUUGCUAAAUAUAUAUAUAUAGGUGCUGUAA